AUGAAGCCAGCUGAGAAAGUAGUAGCCUACUUUUAUGAUGACGAUAUUGGCAACUAUUGUUACGGUGGUGGCAAUCCUAUGCGACCGCACAGAGCGCGUAUGUGCUACACGCUGGUUGACAGUUAUGGGCUCACCAAGAAGAUGAUGGUUCAGCGACCGCGCGCCAGAGAGUUUGAGGAGCUAACGCAGUUCCAUGCAGACGAUUACAUCAACUUUCUGCGGGGAGUUACACCGAAUAUGGUUGACGAGAACAUGACGCAGCUUCGACGCUUUAACAUGGGCAUAGCUGGAGAAGCUGACUGCCCGGUCUUCGACGGGCUGUACGAGUACUGUCAGGUGUACGCUGGGGGAUCAGUUGAUGGAGCUGCUCAACUGGCGAGCGGCGCCGCGGAAAUCUCAUUCAACUGGUCCGGUGGUAUGCACCACGCCAAGAAGGCGGAGGCAUCGGGGUUCUGCUAUGUGAAUGACAUCGUCAUGGCUAUCCUCGAGCUACUCAAGACGUAUGCGCGCGUCCUUUAUGUUGACAUUGACAUCCACCACGGGGAUGGCGUGGAGGAGGCGUUUUACCUAACUGACCGAGUAAUGACGGUGUCGUUCCAUAAGUACGGCGAGUUCUUCCCUGGUACUGGCGCGCUGGAUGACAUUGGGUACGGCAAGGGGAAGUACUACACGGUUAACGUGCCGCUAAAGGACGGCAUGGACGAUGACUCGUACCGGCUGGUGUAUGAACCUAUCAUGCAGAAGGUGAUGGAGAUGUACCAGCCGGGCGCCAUUGUGAUGUGCUGCGGGGCCGACUCGCUGUCGGGUGACCGCCUGGGCUGUUUCAACCUGUCACUGGAGGGCCACAGCAACUGCCUGGAGUUCCUGGCGAAGUUCAAUGUGCCCAUGGUGAUCCUGGGUGGCGGCGGCUACACCCUGCGAAACGUGGCUCGGUGCUGGUGCUACGAGACGGGUCGGAUGAUGAACAUUGACCUCCCGGAUGGGUAUCUAGACACCCAACGGCUGCGUAUCGCUGUGUCCAACAUGAAGAACGCCAAUGAGCGGCAAGAGCUGGAGCAGAUCAAGACCGCUGUGUUGGAGCACCUGAGCCACCUGCCGCCAGUACCCAGCGCCCAGAUGGCCUAUGUGCCGCCCCGCAUGGGGAGGGUGAAGGCGGAGGAGGGGCUUCCGGAGGAGGAUCCGGACGUGCGAGGGGGCGGCCAGGCGCACACGGACGCUCGCAGGUGGGGAAAGGGCUGGGUGUAG